AUGGAAGGAAGAGGCUCAUAUCAGACUUCAUCAGAUCCUCCAGAGCUACGAACCCCUAGGCCUGCCUUGGUCCGUCUCCCUAGGUCAUCAAGCUACGCGUUCUGUCAGGGUGACCUUACUGCUCCGGAACUUCCAAGCUUUGGCUGCCUCAGACAAGCCAGAAACACAGGCGAAAAGAGAUUCCCGGCCCCUGCUGUUUUCCCGCCAGUGAGUGAAACAGAAGUCCGGCCAGUUGUCUAUCCUAUUGCUAGCUCUAAAGGCAGAGUUCAGGAGGAAGACCUAUCUGUGGUUCCUAAUCUUGAGCCUAAAUAUCCCCCUACUCCAGCCAGGCCAGCAGAAGCAAAGGACUUCAGCCCAUCCUUUGGUUGUCCUUGUAUGUUGAAACAUCCCCGUAGGGUUUCUUUAUGCAAAUCCAUGAGGCUUCCCUUUGACUUAUGUACAUAUAUUGAUUGCCCUUCCAGCCACUUUGACAAUCCAAAAGCGCCGUCUGCCAGAUCUCUCCCAUUCUCAAGCACCUGUAUUUCCACAGUGGCCUUUGCAUGGGACAAGACCGAGAGGAGAUAUAGGGAGGUGUCGAGAGAGCGGCCAGCCAUCCUUACCAAGCUCAUGGACCAGUUCAAUGUGAGAGACUGGUCGAGGUCAGAAACCCAUCCAGGAGCGACAAAUGACAAGGAUCGGAGCGGCGGUAGAACAACUAUCCAGUGUUCUGCACCCAGUUCCCCUCAGCAAACUCACAGUGAAGUGAAUAUUUAUUAUCCUAGGCUGAAGGAUAGUGAAUCAAGCUGUGUCCCACCCAAAUCUGCACCUCUCGUUCAGCCAGACGCUUAUAGUAUGCAAAAGCUAUAUCAAGCGCUGCCGGUUCCAACAGAACGAGAAAGUCAACCAGGUCUGCGGAAGGUAUCAUCGGCCCCCGAUUUCUCGGUGUUGGAGAUGAAUACUAACGGGGUAUCUGGGCGCAUGAACUGCGAUGUCCGUCGCAAGUCAAAUACCGACGGCAUUGUCUUGGGUGAGCCACUACUUACAGCCACCCAACGGGGCCCUCAUUCAACAUGUGGGAGUCCCGAGCAUGUUCAGGCGCCCGUUAUUCCUAGUAUCCAUGGGACAUGUGGAGGGACAGUGGCGGCAGUGUUGCCAGCAAUGAUGCCAACUGAGCCUGCAGCAAAUCGCUCUCACGAUGGUGAUGUGAUCAAUGCCCGUUUCGAACAGAUCUCGAUGGUACAAGUAGCCAACACCGAUGCCAUCUUGAGAAGCCUUCAGAGGCUAACGAACGAAAUCAGGGCGCUGCAAGUGGAGACAAGAGCAAAUACAAAUCAUAUCCAUCAGCUCAAUGGUAGAGUUGCUGCCCUCGAAGCGAGGUUAGGUGGCCAAUUACAGUACUAUGGGGGCUUGCCUUUGGCAGGUUAUCAAGGGCCUGCCAAUAUGCUGCGCAGUAACUCUAGCGGCAGCCAGCCCCCAGCCAAGCACCUACACCAUCGCGGCAGCAAGCCCCAUAGCAGCGGACCUGUUCGCGAUGUCCAGCAUGGUGGUCCAAAUCGACGACGUGCUCCCAGUCAACAACAGCACGCCGGAUAUUCACCACAUCUAGACAUGACGCCGAACCCGCUACAUUCUCCUACUGAACCGCAGACAGCUAUGUUACCCUCCCAAGGCUCCCAGGUGGUGCCGCGAAACCGACAAUCCAGUCGACAACGUGUUUCUUCGCGGCGAGAUGCAAGCUUCAACAAUGGCGGAUGGAGCGGAACUUCAAACUGGUACCGAAAGGCCUAUGCGGACGGGAAGGGAAAUUGA